CAGGUCUCGGGCCCUCAGGCGGAGCGGCGGGCGCCGGACCCCCAGGCGGAGCGACAGGUCUCUGGCCCUCAGGCGGAGCGGCGGGCGCCGGACCCCCAGGUGGAGCGACAGGUCUCGGGCCCUCAGGCGGAGCGGCGGGUGCCGGACCCCCAGGUGGAGCGACAGGUCUCGGGCCCCCAGGCGGAGCGACAGGUCUCGGGGCCCUCAGGCGGAGCGGCGGGCGCCGGACCCCCAGGCGGAGCGACAGGUCUCGGGCCCCCAGGCGGAGCGGCGGGCGCCGGACCCCCAGAUGGAGCGACAGGUCUCGGGCCCUCAGGCGGAGCGGCGGGCGCCGGACCCCCAGGUGGAGCGACAGGUCUCGGGCCCUCAGGCGGAGCGCCGGGCGCCGGACCCCCAGGUGGAGCGACAGGUCUCGGGCCCUCAGGCGGAGCGGCGGGCGCCGGAUCCCCA